AUACUGAUCCGGGGCCUCCCGGGGGACGUGACCAACCAGGAAGUACAUGACCUGCUCAGCGACUAUGAGCUCAAGUACUGUUUUGUGGACAAAUACAAGGGGACAGCCUUCGUGACUCUGCUGAAUGGGGAGCAAGCCGAGGCCGCCAUCAGCACUUUCCACCAGAGCUGCCUGCGGGAGCGCGAGCUGUCGGUGCAGCUGCAGCCUACGGACGCCCUGCUGUGUGUGGCCAACCUGCCCCCCAGCCUCACACAGCAGCAGUUCGAGGAGCUGGUGCGGCCCUUCGGCAGCUUGGAGCGCUGCUUCCUGGUCUACAGCGAGCGCACUGGCCACUCCAAGGGCUAUGGCUUUGCUGAGUACAUGAAGAAGGACUCGGCCGCCCGUGCCAAGUCAGACCUCCUGGGCAAGCCACUGGGCCCGCGCACCCUCUACGUGCACUGGACGGAUGCCGGGCAGCUGACGCCCACCCUGCUUCACUCCCGCUGCCUCUGUGUUGACCGCCUGCCGCCUGGCUUCAGCGACGUGGACGCUCUACGUCGGGCACUGUCAGCUGUCCACACACCCACCUUCUGCCAGCUGGCGUGUGGCCAAGACGGGCAGCUGAAGGGCUUCGCGGUGUUGGAGUACGAGACAGCUGAGAUGGCAGAGGAGGCGCAGCAGCGGGCGGAUGGCCUGGCCCUGGGGGGCAGCCACCUGCGUGUGUCCUUCUGUGCCCCCGGGCCCCCCGGCCGCAGCAUGCUGGCUGCUCUCAUCGCUGCCCAGGCCACAGCCCUCAACCGUGGCAAGGGGCUCCUUCCUGAGCCCAACCUCCUGCAGCUGCUCAGCAACCUGGGGCCGUCCGCAUCCCUCCAGCUGCUGCUCAACCCCCUGCUCCACGGCACCACGGGCGGCAAGCAGGGCCUCCUGGGCGCCCCCCCGGCCAUGCCGCUGCUCAGCGGGCCUGCCCUGUCCACUGCGCUGCUGCAGCUCGCCCUGCAGACCCAGAGCCAGAAGAAGCCCGGGAUCCUGGGAGACUCACCCCUGGGCACCCUCCAACCUGGGGCCCAGCCGGCCAACCCCCUCCUCGGGGAGCUAUCUUCAGGGGGGAGCCUGCCCCCGGAGCUGCCAUCCCGGCGAGGAAAGCCACCACCCCUGCUGCCGCCACUGCUUGGUCCCACUGGGGGUGACCGGGAGGCUGUGGGCCUGGGUCCCCCUGCAGCCCAGCUCACUCCUCCCCCUCCCCCCAUGGGGCUCCGAGGCGCUGGCCUCAGAGGCCUCCAGAAGGACGGUGGGCCUCUGCCGACGCCCCCCGGGGUAAGGCUCCACCCUGUGCCUGGCACCGUGAAGCCUCUCAUCCCCCACAGCCCCCUCUCACCCCCAGCCCCUGGUGGCGGCGGCGGCAGCAGCAGCAAGGCCUUCCAGCUCAAGUCCCGCCUGCUCAGCCCCAUCGCCAGCGCCCGCCUGCCCCCUGAGCCAGGGCUGCCUGACAGCUACGGCUUCGACUACCCUUUGGACGUGGGGCCUCGGCGGCUCUUCUCCCCUGCACGCGAGCCAGCCCUCGGGCCCCCCGGGCCCAGCCGGCACAAGAUGUCCCCCCCACCCAGUGGCUUCAGUGAGCGGAGCAGUGGAGGCGGCGGGGGGCCCCUCUCCCACUUCUACUCGGGCUCGCCCACCUCCUACUUCACCAGCGGCCUGCAGGCUGGCCUCAAGCAAAGCCACCUCAACAAGGUGGUUGGCUCCUCCCCACUGGGCUCUGGAGAAGGUCUCCUGGGCCUUGGCCCUGGGCCUAAUGGUCACAGCCACCUGCUGAAGACCCCACUUGGCGGCCAGAAACGCAGCUUUGCCCACCUGCUGCCCUCACCCGAGCCCAGCCCAGAAGGCAGCUACGUGGGCCAGCACUCACAAGGCCUUGGUGGCCACUACGCUGAUUCCUACCUGAAGCGGAAGAGGAUCUUCUAAGGGGCUGGAGCCAGAAACGCUCAAGGGCCCACACCACGUGGCUUUUGGGUUUUCUGGUGUUUUGUUUUGUGUCUUUUAAACAACUUUCUUUCGGUAAUAGAAAAAUCUCUGAAAGACUUUACUGACCAACCAACUGGAGCCCCAGGAGUCCAAGGAGUAUGGGGGUCUGGGGGCUUCCCUGUGCCUCCGGCCUGCUCCCGGCACCAAAACCCGGCAGCCUUAAGAGAGAGGGGCCCUGGCCUGCUCUCCCUCCCUCCCCAUCUCCUGUCCUCCACCUGUGCCCAUCUCUCCGGGAGUCCUCUCCUGCCUCGUCACUCCUGUAUUUCGGCCCUUCGAGUGCCUUGGAGGUUUCCCUGACCUCCCGUGAGGGUCAGAGACUGUCCCCCUUUUUUAACUUUGACAAUUGACUUUUGUUUCCUUUUCUAAUUUUAAUUUUUUAAACUCUCCAGGACGCCCCCAACUCUGAUUCCUUCCAGGUCUGGCCUGUCUGGGCCUCCAUUCCACACUCUUCGGUUUGAAACGGCGCAUCCCUUUUCUCUCUUCCUACAUCUGCUGCAGGCAUGGCUGUCUCCUGCCCCUGCCUGCCCAUUCUGGCCUGGACCGCAGCCCCGGGUCCCCAACCCCCUGCCGCCGUCCCCUCCCCUUCUGUUGCCUUAAAGCUGGGCCCCAGGCCCCACUGGCCAGAGCCUCAGACGCCGAGUUCUGGGAGCUCGACUAUGGACCAAACAGCUCUGGCCUAGGACUCGGGUCCCCCUACCUGGGGUCUCCACCCUGGGGCCAGUAGAGCCCACCAUCCCUUCCUCCCUGGCCUAGGUGAAGAGAUGGGCAUUUUUGGCCAGUGCCCCUGCUGUCUGUGGGAGACGCACGCUGUGGGCAUCUCACUGAGCCUCUGCUGUAUCCCCCUUGUUGAAGAUUAGCUCCACCCUGGAGCUGGCCUCCUUUCUGCCCAGUGCCAGAAACCAGCACUCCAUGCAGAUACUCUGCACCUGCCCACCAGCAGGGCCUGUCGCCCUGAGGUGACCCUGGGCCCUGCCCCUGGCCAACUGGGCCACCAGCUUCCUUCCCCUGACCUGACUCUGGGGGCCCACAUCCACUUCAGGGGGAUGUCCUCCACAAUCUCCCCACACAGACCUUUGCUGAAUUAAAGUUUGUAAGUAAAUGGUUUUAAAGAAAUCA